UUCUGACCGGCAGCACUUUUGCAAAGCUGUGCUUCGCGCGCUUCGCGAACGCGCCCGUGCAGUGAACUGAUGAACCGGUGAAGAGGUGCUGCGAGGCGAGGCACAAGCUUCUCUUUGUGUCGCCACGAAAAACAAGAAUGGCGAGGACCUUCGAGAGUGUUAUCGUCUCCCGAGUCGAAAGCUCGGGACAAAUAAUCCAGAAGUACGAUUUCCCGGUGACGCUCUCGGCCGAGUACGAUCCACAAGGCUUCACGAUCAAUGGAUUCAGAGAGGGUCAGAUGCAGGGAGAUCCCUUGUUUUAUUUUGUACUGUCACACUCAACCGAAUGUGCCAGAAUGGGUGCCCUGAAUUACAUCUUCCACCUAGAUGAUAUGGAAAGUCUUUCUUUCAAAUUCAAGGACCCAGAAGAACUAAGAGCUUUCCAUGGACUUGUGAUAAAAGUGAAAACCGGAAAUAAAAAUUCUGCUUUUGCCUGCCGUACUGAUGACUCUUCUGCAAUUCAAUACUUCCAGUUUUAUGGAUACCUAUCUCAGCAGCAGAACAUGUUGCAAGACUAUAUUCGAACAUCUACAUAUCAGAGAGCUGUUCUAGCAAAUGGUGCUGAUUUUAAAGACAAAGUGGUUCUUGAUGUUGGUGCCGGAUCAGGUAUUCUCUCAUUUUUUGUUGCACAAGCUGGUGCAGCAAGAGUGUAUGCUGUGGAAGCAAGCUCUAUGGCCCAACAUGCAGAGCAACUCGUCCGAUCUAACAACCUUGCUGAUCGUAUCUCUGUAGUUGCUGGAAAAAUUGAGGAAAUUGACCUUCCAGAGAAGGUUGAUGUUAUUAUUUCGGAGCCCAUGGGCUACAUGCUGUUUAAUGAACGUAUGCUGGAAAGUUUCUUGCAUGCUAAAAAAUGGCUUAAACCUGAUGGGAAAAUGUUUCCCAGCCGUGGUGAUCUUCAUGUGGCUCCUUUCACAGAUGAAGCAUUGUACAUGGAACAAUUCAACAAAGCCAAUUUUUGGUUUCAGCAGCAUUUCCAUGGAGUUGAUUUGAGAGUGCUCCGGGAAGCAGCUAUGAGGGAGUACUUCCGCCAGCCUGUUGUUGACACAUUUGACAUGCGUAUUACAAUGGCAAAAUCUGUCAGUCACAUAGUUGAUUUCAGCACGGCCAAUGAAGAGGAUCUGCAUCUUAUUGAAAUUCCAAUUGAAUUUCACAUGCUGGAAACGGGUACUGUUCAUGGAUUGGCAUUCUGGUUUGAUGUGGCUUUCUUUGGAUCUCAGUCACCUAUUUGGCUAUCCACUUCACCGUUGGAGCCCUUAACUCAUUGGUAUCAAGUUCGUUGCCUCGUAGAGUCACCGUUGUUUGUUAAGGCUGGGCAACUUCUUCGAGGAAAAGUAUCCCUUGUCGCAAACCAAAGGCAAAGCUAUGACGUCAACCUAGAAAUGAGAGUGGAGGGAACAACUAUGCGCACAAGCAAUAGUCUAGAUCUGAAGAAUCCGUACUUCCGGUACACAGGCCAGCCGGCACAGGCUCCUCCAGGCACAUCACAUGCUUCACCUAGUGAACAGUACUGGAACCUGUUGGAUGUCCAAGGUGCAAGGCAGGCUGUAAAUAUGGUUAAUGGGAUGUCCGUUAAUGGCCUAGGAGAAGUAUCCAUGGACACAUCACAGACCAAUAAUCUUAUUGCCUUGGGCAACCAGCCAAACAUUCAUCCAGGAAGUAUAUCGAGCACAGGACGUCAAAGGAUUGGAACUGCCACGUCAACUCAAGCUGCUCAAUUGAUUGGUGGAGGCAUUGCUCCCACAUUAUUUACGGCCCAGUGUAGCAACAUGAGUAUUUCGGGGCAACCAACCCAGCUGGUCUUCAAUUCAUCAAAUUAUCCUGUCAACAACAGCUUGAUGAUUGGUGACUAUGUGACACCCAUUAACAACCCUAUUAUUCCCACUCAAACCUUCAGGCAAUAGUGUCACAUUUGUGGACUCAAAAGUUAAUCCCAUGCCACUUAAGUUGUGGGCAUGGCUGUCGCUUCCUUUGCAACCAGUGGACUGUUGUAAUUUAUUGGUGGUUACUAUGUACAUUACUUAGGCUUAUAUCAAUUCUGUAGAUGUUCAACUUACUGGUAGUGAUAAAGCAAUCAACAUUUGUACUUAAAUUCUUUUCACUUUCUAUUUAUGAUGAAGUUGAUAGCAAUAAUGAUGUGAUUCUGAUCUGUUGCAUCAGCCUGCUAUGUGAGGAAAGGAGGAGUAAUGUUUUGUGCUUUACUCAGGGAUUACUUUAAAUUUUAUUUUUUGUGUAUUGGUGAUGUAAUCAUUUCAGCCUAAGUAUUUUUUAGGAGGUUAACAGGCCUAUUGAUCGUCAUGCUCCUUGACAUUAGACAUUUCUGUAAGUUUAUUUUUGAUAGAAUUGCUUGUAUGUUUAGAAGUAUAUAGCUUAAUUUUAUUCCUAUCAAGUAGGAAUGAGGACGUUAUGUACAAUGUAGAAUGUUGACUGAAUCUCGGUUGGCAGCUCCUUUGCAAAACACUUCUUAUUACUGUUGCCACAGAAAAUGGUGAACUUUCAUAGAAGGUACACCUACUAUACAUGGGAAAAUGAAUUUCUUAGGAGUGGUUUUUUAAUUCUCUGCAAGACAUUGGGUUAGCAUUACAAUUUAUCGUAUUUGAUAUAAUGCUGAUUGUUUAUUUGUCUGACCGCAGUUUGCUCUGAAGUAUCGUGAUGUUUGACAAGGGAGAGGUCAUGUAUUCUUUUUGACAAGGCUUUUGUUUUGUCACAUAAUCAAAAUGUCGCGUUUUCCAGAAAAUUUCAUGAUUACUUGCCAGGGUGAAAUUCUUUUGCCUAUUAACAAUGGAAUUUCUCCAAUCAUUUUAAUUUUUCAAUUGAAUCUGUGACAAGCAGAAAACCUUUUGUGAUAUGGCUUUUUGACUACCUUAGGUUUUUCUUCUAUCUUUUUUAUGUAGUUACUUAUGUAGAACUGUAGCAUUAUUCUGUUUCAAUAUUAGGAAGAUUUGCUGCACAAUGUGAUGCUUAUUUAUUAAACCUGAAAAGGGAGAGUGGGCUGUUUUUAUUAUUCUAUUGGCACUGCCUUCUGUAUAUAAAUUUGAAAAUUUCUUAUUUGUAUUGUAUUAACAUCUUAAUGUGGGAUCGUUGUUGAUCUGUAGGGCCCUGUCCACGUAAUGAAACACUUCUUAUCACCACCUCUUUUUCCUUGUGUGCUAAUAAACCUUAUACAUAGGAUGUUUCGGAAAAUUGCUCAUAUUAUCUUAUUUUUGUACUGAUAAGUAACAUUCACUGUCAUAAUUGGCUCACAAGAACGAAAAGCAAUUGGGUUUUCAUACAGCUUCCUUUGUGCAAAAUUUGGCCAACCUUUUACAUUAUCAUUGUCUUUGACAACCCAGUGAGUAAGGUGCUAUUUGCCAGUAGUCUUUUACCUUACCUAUUUUUAAAGAAAUGAAUUCUGAGAAGGAACACAUUUGCAUUUAAUUUUGUGGAUCAUUCCCUGUUCUACAUCCGUAGUUCCAUUUCGAAAUGAAGAACGCUUGUGUUUCUUUGCUUCAUUGUGAUUGACUUUGUGUUUAACGAGAAAGAAUUACACAUGCUGAGAAUCACUGAACAGUCAUGUACUUGUUACAUCAGCACUUCAUCUUUUUGAUAGUUUGGAGUAGAGAUAAAUUAAAGAUAUGAUAUGAGGGAGGCAUGUGCCAACUGUGCUCAGCUGUAGUCUCUUUUUUCGUAAAAUGAACUUGUCCGUGAUUUUUAGAGGCAACUUAGAUAUUUGCAAUAUUUUUUGAAUUCAUAUUUUGAACAGUUGUAGGCUCAUGUCUGUGCAUAUUAGAUCCAUAAGCUAGCUAGAUUGUCUAUUUUCCAUUUACAAUUUCUUUGUUUUUUUGUUGUGUUUUUUUUUUUUUUUCACAAACAGAAAUUUUGAUAUGGAGAAUUUUGGCUUUGGAAUAAUUUACAUUGU